AUUCCGAUUUUGUUGUUAGUGUGGGCGCCUGAUUUGUGCGGCAUUAGUCGCGAGUCAGUUCGUGACGAUUGCGGUUGCGGCAAGCGGCGUGUGCGCGCGCUUGACUUAAGUUCAUUCUAUUGUUUACCAUUGUAUUAAUAAAAAUUCUCAAAAGUGCACGAUUUCCAACGUUAAUAUAUUUUUGAGGCUUUUGCUGACACAAAAGUCACCGUAAGAAAUAUGGACAACGACCUGGAGAAAAAGAAUAUGGAGGAAAAACAAGAUCUCGACACGCUCAUGAGUUAUUUAGGCGAUUGGGGUAAAUACCAAUGCUUUCAAUAUGUACUCCAUCUUCUGGCUGCUGUAAUGGCUGGCAUCCACAUGUUAUCACUAGUAACAGUAGCAGCUGUCCCUGAUCACAGAUGUUUAGUACAAGGACAGGAAACCAACGCCCUCGAAUCCAAUUUCACGCCAAAUGAUAAUUUCGCACACCUGAUUCCACGCACCGCAGCGGGUGAAUGGGAUUCAUGUCAUAUAUACACUGCUGAUAACGUGUCCACCGCGUGCACAGCAUGGAUCUACGACCGCACUUAUUAUGAAAGCUCCAGGGCCAUCGAAUGGGACUUUGUCUGCCAUCGCAGAUGGAUGGGAGCGGUGGCCCAGAGUGUUUUUAUGUUCGGAGUAUUCACUGGAGCUGUCACCCUAGGGAAUGCUGCUGAUAAAUAUGGUCGUAAAGCAGUUUUUUGCUGGUCUGCAUUACUGCAGCUUAUUCUUGGCGUGGCAGUUGCAUUCACACCAGAAUAUUAUUCAUUCCUGGUGGUCCGUUUCUUUUUGGGUAUUUUUGGAUCGGCUGGCAGUUAUAUCACCGGUUUUGUUCUUACUAUGGAGCUAGUUGGUGCUAGUAAACGUACCAGUUGUGGUAUUACCUUCCAAGCGGCCUUCGCUGGUGGUAUUAUGCUCGUCGCUGGUUGGGGAGCACUGAUUAAAGAUCGGCAAUGGCUGCAGGUAAUCUACGGAUUACAUGGGCUUUUAUUGGUGGCUCAUUGGUGGAUUAUGGAUGAAUCUCCAAGAUGGUUAUGGGCACAAGGACGAAUUGGCGAAUCUGCCCGUAUUCUCAAACGAGCGCUCAAAAUGAACGGUAGUCCUGUAGUGAUCGAUGAAAGUUUAUACACAAAUGUUGCUAAAAGCAAAGAAGAGGCACAAGAGGACGCUGGUGUUGGUGAUUUGUUCAAAACACCCAACUUACGCUCGAAAACUUUGAACAUUUGUCUUUGCUGGUUUGCCAAUUCGAUUGUCUACUAUGGUCUUUCGUUGAGUACAGGAAAAAUGGCUGGCAAUCCUUUCUUAAUUCUCUUCCUCAUGGGUCUGGUAGAACUCCCUAGUUAUGUUAUUACUGUUUAUCUCAUGGAUCGAACGGGCCGUCGUGCUUUAAUUGUUUUCUAUAUGUUAACCGGUGGGCUUUGUUGCAUAAUUGCAACUCAAUUGGCGACUGGUAGCAGUAUUGCAACUACAAUUGUGAUGGUGGGUAAAUUCCUAAUUGCUAGUAGUUUUGCUAUUGUAUAUAACUACUCUGCGGAACUGUUCCCCACGGUGGUGCGCAAUUCUGCGAUGGGUCUUGGGUCCAUGUGCGCCAGGUUAUCAGGCGCCAUGACACCACUUAUAACGCUAUUGGAUUCGUUUGAUCCUACACUCCCAGCAAUCAUUUUCGCUGUGAUUGCGCUCAUAUCAGGAUUCUUAACGAUGUUCCUGCCGGAAACAAUGGGAGCACCAAUGCCACAAUCAAUUGAAGAUGGAGAAAUGUUUGGCGUAGGCGACACUUGCUUUACAAGCUGUUUGGGAAAGAAAAAAAGCAGUCGAACAGCGUCUAAAGCAGAUACUAUGGAACAGAUGCACAUAAUGGGUGCAAAAUGAAGACAAAGUUUGUUCAUUUGCCAAUUAAACAUGGGCAAAAAUCAAAAUGAGGCACAAUAUAUUUGCUCUAUAUUUUUUAAGAGCAUAAAUUAUAAUUUAGUACAAAAGAAGGAAAAUAAAGGAAAAUAAAAAGUAUAAACUUUAUAAAA